AGUAAUGGGUCAGGAAAUGAAUGCCACUCGGCUUUGUGCUUGCCAAUCUCUUCCUUGGCAGCAUCAGAAAACCUUUAGCUUGGCUGAAGUGGGAGCGCGCUGCCAGGCACAGAACCAUGAUCGAGUCAUUCGGGAUCAGAGUGCAGCAUUGGCAACGCUAAGGCGCGGAGAAACACGGAGUCCUGCAGCGACUACGCCCGGUCUAUCCUCUUCAGCACGUAUGGAUGUUGACAGCCAACAGCUCCAGGACACACGGGGUCAGCUUGCAUUGCAGAACAAAGCUGCACUGGCCACCACCGCUGAGCUUCUAACCACGACAUCUUCCAACAACAGUGAGUAUGAGCUAAUUCGCAACCAACUAGAGGCAGAGCGCCACGCUCAGCAUGAACUCUUGGCCACGCUAGAGGAGAGCGAGAAAGUGUACUGUGGCUUAGUGAGAGCUAUUACACACAGCCUGGAUAUAGAGCCUCUGCAAGGUGCUCGUUCCAUUGUGGGCCUGACCCCGCCACAACGCCAACCUGUUAUGAACGAUAGAAGCAAGAUACAAGAAACUCUUGCUACUCGAAUAUCAGCCAUUCGAGAGAAGGUCAAGCGAAAGGAGAAAUUGUUGGAGUCGUACGAAGAAGACCUUGGCAAACUACGGAAGCUGGAAAUGGACAGCAUGACCAAGACUGCCAAAAAUUCAAGUUCCUCCGCCCAAGCAAAAUUUUCGCUUAUCUUUACAGUUUUUACUGAUACAUUCCAGGUUCUCAGAACGGCUUAUAACGACUCAGAAUGA